UGAAGAAGGGUUUGAGGUGGCCCCUUGGUAGCUCACAGGGAGUGAGGGAGGACUGUGGUGCCAGGGGAUCUGCAUGGCACCCCUCUGCUCCAAGCAUCCACUUAGAGUCUGGUUAAAAAGAGGGAAAGGUGAAAAAAGUGCCUGAGCUGAGCGUGACUGGCAAGGACCUACAGAGGGGCUCCUUGGGCCUCCAGAAGGGCUGAAGAAAGGGGAGCCCAGCACAGGGGGGAGAACUGUCCCCAGGUUAACACAGAGGGGCUGACCCCGUCCAGCAGGUCCCUGCAGGAUCUGGGAUGCCUCAAGGCUGUGGAGGGAGGAAGAUGAUGGAAAUACACCCAAAACCUCUGAACAGUUAUUUUUCCAUCCAUUCCCCUCAGCCUGACUCCUGCCCUGCAGCUGGGGCUCAGCCAGCCCUGUCCCCAAGGAAAGGCUCCACUUCCCCCCCUCCUCUUUCCCCCCUCACUGCCCAGUUAUCAACAGGGAUUUUUGAUGGAAAUAUUGGGUUCCUCUCCACAGCACCAACAUGGAAUGGGAUGCAAUUUCUGCCAGUAUUUGCCAGCUUGCCCCUUUCAAGGCACAGAGGGCUGGUGGCAGCAGCAGUCACUGUGCUUCUGUUCAAUGCUCUCCAGGACUCACAAGCCAUCCAGGCAUCUCCAGCACAUUCUGCUGGCUCUGGGCUGCGUGACCUGGCACGGGACACCAAGCUUUGCCUUUCCUGUGGCUAUGAAUCCCCUCUCUGAAGGCCCAGGAGCUCUUGAGUUUGCAUCUGCAGAGAGGAGGAUUUCACUUCCUUCGUGACUUUCCCUGUGUGGGUGAACACAGAAGCUGACACAAUUUAUUUUGCCUUUCCAGGUACUGUCUGUCUGUAAUCCCAAUGACCCUACGUGACAUGGAAAUCCCCACGGGCUAUGAACUGGAAGCUUUUCCCGGAAUUAGGUUCAAAUGGGAAAGGGAUAACUGGGGAGGAGCAGAGAGUAUAAAUUGCAGCAGCUCCUUGCCUGAGCUCAGAGCUGAGCUCCCCCAAGGAGGCAGAGCAGCAUCCUGCAAGGAAGAGCCCUCCCGGAGCCACCAUGCUCACUGCAAGGAGAGUCCUGCUGCUGGCUGUGCUCCUUGCCCUCUCACCGUGCUCCCAUGAAGCCCCUUACAGCCCAGCCGAGUGCUGCUUCGACUACAUCAAGGGCGUGCUCCGGCUGGAUUACCUGCUGGCCUCCUACUCCACCCCCAGGGAAUGCUAUUUCCCAGCAACUGUGUUUGAGACCAAGAGAGGAGCCAAGGUCUGUGCAAACCCCGAGGAGAAGUGGGUGAAGAGAGCAGUUAAAAUGCUUCAGAAAAAGAAGGAACUUCACAGCCCAUGAUGCAGAGGGGGUGCCCUGGUUGAGGCUGCCCAGCACCCUGCUGGAAGGAAGGUUUGCAGCGCCCCUCUCACAAGGGGUUAAGGCUGUUCAGCUCCUGGGAGAGAGCCCUGACACCCCCAGAGCCCUGAGCUGCAUCCACAGCUGGGCAGCAGCUCCUGGAGUGCUGCUGGCCCAGCCUGCACCUGCCUGCUGACACAGACACAAAAUAAACUUUAUUGUGUGA